AUGGCGCUCCUCGGAGUCCGCAAAAGAGUCGCUUACUUUUACGACCCCGACAUCGGCUCUUACUACUACGGGCCCGGCCACCCCAUGAAGCCCCAGCGCAUCCGCAUGGCCCACGCCCUGGUCCUUUCCUACGACUUGUACAAACACAUGGAGGUGUACCGGCCGCACAAGUCGAUAGAGCCGGAGCUGUGUCUGUUUCACUCGCAAGAGUACAUAAACUUUCUCUCCGCAGUUUCGCCGGAAAACUACAAAGAGUUCGCGCUGCAGCUGAAGAGCUUCAACGUGGGCGAGGCCACCGACUGCCCCGUCUUCGACGGCCUCUUCGCCUUCCAGCAGGCCUGCGCGGGGGCGUCGAUCGACGCGGCGAAAAAACUGAACUACCAACAGGCGGACCUGUGCAUAAACUGGAGCGGAGGGCUGCACCACGCGAAACGCGCAGAGGCGUCGGGGUUCUGCUACGUCAACGACAUCGUCCUGGGGAUCCUCGAGCUGCUCAAGUACCACCCGCGGGUUAUGUACAUCGACAUCGACGUGCACCACGGCGACGGCGUCGAGGAGGCCUUCUACGUGUCGCACCGCGUGCUGACCGUGUCCUUCCACAAGUUCGGCGACUUCUUCCCGGGCACGGGCGACAUCACGGACGUCGGCGCGGCCCAGGGAAAGUACUUCUCCGUGAACGUCCCGCUCAACGACGGCAUGGACGACGAGUCCUUCAUAGGUCUCUUCAAGCCCAUCAUCGCCAAGUGCGUCGAGGUGUACCGGCCGGGCGCCGUCGUGCUGCAGUGCGGCGCGGACUCGCUCAGCGGAGACCGCCUCGGCAAGUUCAACCUCACUGUCAAGGGGCACGCGGCGUGCGUGCAGUUCGUGAAGAGCUUCAACUUGCCGCUGCUGCUGCUCGGCGGCGGCGGCUACACCAUUCGCAACGUGUCGCGCUGCUGGGUGUACGAGACGGCCGUCGCGCUGGACAGACACCGCGAGCUGUCUCCGCAGGUCCCGCUCAACGACUACUACGACUACUACGCCCCCGACUUCCAGCUCCACCUGCCUCCUUCGCCGGUCCCCAACUUCAACUCUCCGGACCAUCUCCAGCGCCUCAAGGCCAGGGUCUUGCAGAACGUGGCUCUGCUCGAGCACGCCCCCGGCGUCCAGUUCGCCUACGUGCCGCCGGACUGCUUCGGCGAGGACGAGGACGAGGACGAGCAGCAGCAGCUGCUCGUCGAGUGGGAGGGCGGCGGCCUUGCUGCCGGCAGCAGCAGCAGCAGCAGCAGCAGCGGCGGCAGCGGCAGCGGCGGCAGCGGCGGGGGCGGGGGGGGGGGGGAGAAGCCGCAGCCCGCGCAGGGCGGCAGGAUCCGCAGGAAGGACUACGCCAAUGACUUCGAGGACCUCCCCGAUCGCGACCAGAAGAUCCCCAUCUAG